AUGGAUCGGGUGGUUGUCGCAGUUGCUGCCGGCAUUCUGUACCUUCAGGCUGAAACCCAAGCAGCGCAACUGAGAAGACGGAUCCGGGAGAGAAGAGCCAGGAUGAAGAUGAGGGAGAGGAGACGUGCCUUGAUGGCGUGCCUACUUCACUGGAAACAGGGGAAAAGCGCAGCAAAAAUAUAUACACAAAUUGAUUACAUCCUUUCAAUCUACUUUACUGGAGCUGACCUACAACAAGCCUUCAGACUGUCAAGAGCAAGCGUUAACAUGCUGUUGCAAAUGCUCCCCCGGGAAAAACAACACGGAUGGAACCACGAAAUUGAGGUGCUAGUGACCAUUUGCUGGCUGGCCUGUGGAGCCUCAUACCGAGUGACAGCAGACAUCUUUAGCAUGCCAGUAGCAACAGUGUGCAGGAUUGUCCACAAUGUCAUAGAGGAAAUGAUGGGAAUUCUGCAUCACGUCAUUCAUUUCCCAAAGGCAGAAGAGAUGGAUGAGGUUGGGGCAGGCUUUGCACGCCUUGCUGGCAAUGAGGCAUUCCGUUGCACAGCUGGUGCAAUUGAUGGAUGCCACAUCUGCAUUCUUCCACCUAGGGAACCACAUAGGAGGUCAUACAUCAAUAGGAAACUGUUUCCCUCUAUCGUGCUGCAGGGUAUCUGUGACUCCAGAGGUGCGUUCCUAGAUGUGUACAUUGGUCAUUGCGGAUCUGUGGAUGAUGCACUGGUAUUGCGAAGAUCCCCAAUGUACAAACAGGCCCUGUAUCCACCAGCAGGCUACUACCUCCUGGGAGAUGGAGGAUACCCUUGCCUUAGGCACCCAGUGGCAAUAAUGACCCCAUAUCACCAGCCUGUGUCAACUCCAGUUGAAGAAAGGUUCAAUCGGCACCACGCCAAGGCCAGAAACAUCAUAGAGCGUACCUUUGGCAUCCUCAAAACACGCUGGCGCUCCAUUUUCUUGCGAGCCCUUGUGAUCCGGCCUCUGUUUGCUCCCAAAGUUGUGGGAGCUUGCUGCAUCCUCCACAACAUCUGUGUGGCAACAGAUGACGUCUGCCAAGAAGAAGGAGAUGAGGAGGGAGCACAAGCAGGACCAGAAGCCGAAACAGAAGGCACAGGCGUGGACAGGGAGCUUUCAGGAGCUUGUAUCCGAGCCAGGCUUGCUGCACGACUGUCUGCUCCUGAACAGCUGCCUGCAUGUCUGUUUGAACAUGACUACAUCUAG